AUGAAGAUCCACAGCGGGGAAGUGAUGGAGUCCAGCAGCUGUCCACGCUUCAGCCAGCAGCCGGGACACUGUGAGCCAGCGGACAGCCUGAGGGUCUACAUCGACGGCAGCUCUUUCAUUGUAGAUAAAAUCGUUCUGGCUGAGAACUGUGAGUACUUCAGAGCAUUGUUCCAGUCAGGAAUGAGAGAGUGCCAACAAGAAGACAUCCACCUGCAGUGUGUGGGCAUUCUGGGGUUUCUGGUCAUGCUGCGGGUCCUUGGUGGGGAGCGACCUGUGCUGAGCAGCGACCAGAUCGUAGAAGCCAUCCAGUGUGCAGCUUUUCUGCAGGUGCCGGCCCUCACCAAGCACCUUAUCCAUAUCAUCAACUCUGAAAACUGCCUGCUCAUGUACCACACAGCUGCCACCUACGGAGUGUGGGAGCUCUCCCACAGUUCAGCCUUAUUCAUCAGAGAUAUGUACGCUGACCUGAGGGACGAUGUUCACGCCCUACCCAUCAAGCUGGUAGAGUACAUAGAGUCUCUUCUCCCGAGUAGCUACAUGGCGAUGUGCAGCCACUCGCCGUCCACUGAGCUGCUGCAGGACCUCCAGAGGACUGUCUGCUACCUGGACGAAGACAGCAGAGAGUGGAAGGUCCUGACACAUCUACCUGUGAGCGCCAGCACCACGAUGGCAGGCGUGGCCAUCCUGGAGAACAAUCUUUACAUCAUCGGAGGAGUGCAUGAUGUUAGCAAGAAGGUAGCGGAGACUGGUUUCUGUUACAACCCUGCAGCCAACACAUGGUCCACCAUCUGUGGCUCCCAGCAGCCACGCUACAACUUCACUCUGAUAGGUCACGAGGGCUGCCUCUACGCCCUGGGAGGUGAGUACAGCAUGAAGGCGCUGUCGUCUGUGGAGAGAUACAAGGUGUCGAGUGGAAGCUGGGGGUUUGUCUCCCCCCUCCCUUGCCCUGCAGCCUCGGUGGUGUCCGCUGUAGCCAUGAACAGGAUCUUUAUCUGUCUCUGGAAAGGUAAAGGAGCCACGGAUAUACACGAGUACGUGCCUCAACGGGACCAAUGGCUUCUGGUCACCACGCUCAUCCGUGAGCACAGUUAUGGUCUCUACAUGGUGGCCCAUAAGGAUAACCUGUAUGUGAUGCGCAAUGGACCUUGUGAUGACUUCUUACUGUGUGUGAUGGACUGCUACAACCUGAGCUCAGGCCAGUGGACGGCCAUGUCCGGUCAGUACGGGAACAGUAAAGGCUCUCUGUUCACUGCCGUGGUCAGAGGAGACUCUGUGUUCACACUGAGCCGGCAUGUGACCACAGAGUACACUGUAGAGGAUUAUAAAUGGAGAGUGAAGCGUGAGAUGAAAGGUUUCGGCAGGAUUGGGUCUAUAUAUACAUUUCUGAUGAGGCUGCCUAAAGACACUGUCUCCCUCAUGGGAAACUCUCAGGAUCUAACACAGGACCAAAACCUCAGAGACUGUCCCAGAUUCUCCCCGCAGUGCUCUGAUAACCUGUGAGAGCUGCUGACAAAUCACCAGAUGGGCUGCUGAGAGAGCUCGUCCUGGUUUGUAACUACACAUACCUUAUUUUCAUGAUGCUGGAUCAGGAUCAGAGGUGAAGAAUAA